GACCUUCGGAGCAAAUGCAUGUCCGUCAACUCGCCCUCUGUGCAUGUCGCUGCUAGCUGACGCUUAUUUGUGGCCCCCGCGGCUGGUUUUUAGAAUACCAUAAUUAAAAAAAAUAUAGCCCUUAAUUAACUUGUAAAAGAUGACGUCCAGAGGGACGCCGAGUCGCUUCCUGAAAAGCGUUCUCCAAAACGGUGUCGGUCGGUACGUCUGCCAGCUGAAACGAGUCUCCAUCGUCUUCUCUAAAAAAGCACAGAGCUCUUUGGGAGUCAGGGACUUCAUCGAAGAGGGCGUGGUGGAUUAUGCCAAGAAGAACCCGUCUACUGUCGUGUAUGUGUCUCCUCAGUCGUGCCGGAUACCCAAAAUAGUUGCAGAAUACUUAAAUGGCAGCGUGAGGGAAGAACUCGUCACGAGCAAAACGUCCCCGCAGAUUUUGGAGCUUUUGACCAAGCUGACCAAUCAGUCCGGCCUGGACGUCAUCCGCAUCCGCAAGCCCUUCCACACGGACAGCCCCAGCAUCCAGGGCCAGUGGCACCCGUUCACCAACCGGCCCCCGUCCAUCGGCCCCAUCAGGCCGCAGCAACCGGACGCAGAAUGAGGACCUGAGUUUGGAGCUGAAGUUGGUCAUUAAUUGCAGAUUAUUCUUGCAAGAUGUUUUUUUUAAAGCUGUUUAAGUGUACGAUCUUAAAAAGUAUGUUUGCAGCAGUUUUUUCCACUAACGGCAGAAUAUCUUUAUACCUUUUUCUUUCUGUUGGUGGCGAACGAAGCUUCUGUGGCAGAGAAGUGCACACAUCACCAGACUUUACAUGAAUCCACCAGAGGCGUGUCAGCUGGCAUAUUUAUAAUUUAAAAAAAAAAAGAUAAUUGUUUUGUAUUCUCAAGGUUAUUGGAAGAUUCAUUGUGGUAAAGUGCAGCACGGAGCAGCUGGAACUUUGUAUGAAAUAA